AUGGAUUUGCGUAAUGUAUUAAAACUGAUGUAUCCGGAAGAAAGCAGUGAAUUUGAUGAACUCGACGUACAAAAAUUACGUAGUAAAAUAACUGAAUGGCUGUUAAAAAAGGGCUUUUCAACAAUGCAUAAUUUCACAAAAGAUUCUGACAACAAGUGGAAGUUACCGGAACAAAGCGACUGUGGAUCAUGCGGCAAAUAUAAAGUUGGAAACUUGAAAGGUGUAGCUCGUGACUUUGGAAGCGCUGGAGAAGACAAUGGGUGA